GUGUGUGUGUGUGUGACCGUGCGUGAGGCGUGAGUCCGUGACCAUUCCCGUCGGCCGUCCCAAAAGAAGCGGAAAUUUACAACCCAGUCCACCACGGGCCACACAAUCCCCAAAUCUAACCCCUCCGACGGCGAUGGGGAUCUCGAGCAUGCCGGAGCCGCGGGACAGCCUGCUGGGGUACCUGGUGUACAACACGGUGAUCUCGAUCGCGGCGCUGGCGGGGCUGGUGCGGGCGGCGCUGGUGUUCCUGGACCUGCAGGCCGCGCUGCCGCCCGGGGACGACGGCGGGGACCGACUGGCGGCGUCGGCGCCCGGCCUGGCGGAGCGGUUCCUCAGGGCCUUCCGGCCGGCGCUGUACGAGGUGCUGGCGUCGACGGCGACGACGUGCGAGGCGGACGGCGGCGGCGGCGGCGACGACUGCAGCGUGUGCCUGGCCGGGUUCCGGGCGAGGGCCGUGGUGAACCGCCUCCCCUGCGGCCACCUCUUCCACCGCGCCUGCCUCGAGACCUGGCUCCGGUACGAGCGCGCCACGUGCCCGCUCUGCCGCGCCCACGUGCCCCUCCCCGCCGACGAGACGCCGCUGCUCCGCUACCCGGAGUUCGAGUGAUCCGGUAAAAACCCACCCCGGUCGCGUCGCGCCUCGGCUGUGUGCUGCACGUUCCGUGUGGCCUUCCGUGUACGCGUAGCAAACCAAAGAAGAAGAAAAAAAAGGUGUAGGAGCAGUAGUAGUAGUGCAGGGUUGCUGUCGCUUGCUUUCCCCUUUCGCUUCUUGUAUUCCCCCUCCCUCCCAUUCUCUUUGCUGUUUCCGUUCCGUGCUGUAGCCUGUAGCGUGUAAAUACUCCGGUUCGCACUUGGCAGCAGAGGCAGAGUGUAGAGUGCUCCCGUGGCCGUGGCUGAUGGUGUAGCACUUUUUACGAGCUCAGCUCGUGUAGUACAUUGCAUCCUUCUUCCUA